GAGACACCUAUAGGCCGAUAGAGCUAAGCACAAUGAAGGCCCGCAGCAUAAGAGACAUGGCCAAGCGGAUAGCCGCAGCAGACGCGGAGCCUAUGCGCCAGGCCCUACGCUACAUCUCGCGAAACACAUCCCUCGCUCCUCGGGCGCGCGCUCAGGCGCAAAUCCAACUCAGCAACAUGCCUUCCAAUACACGUAUCAAUCAGGUCAAGAACCGAUGUGUUGAGACAUCAAGAGGGCGUGGCGUCUUUCGGGAUUUCAGGCUGUGCAGAUAUCAAUUUCGACUCAAAGCCCUCGAUGGCGAGUUGCCUGGCGUCAAAAAGGCCUCCUGGUAGAGCCACCGGCCAAUGUUUUUACUACUGCAUACAUCUAUUCAUGACUCGUUCAAUCUACUUUGCUUCACGCUUUCGACGCUUCUCCCACUUCUGCUGCUCGAAGGACUGCUUCAUUCGUUGCCUUGAUGCCCUUCUUCCGUUGCCGCUCGAGGUACUCAUCGCUGCGUGCAAUGAUACGCUUGACAAUGGUUCCUGCAUUCAGCUCCUCAAAGCGGUGAUGCUCCACUAUCUGAAGCAUGUCCAUGACAUCCUCAUAGCCAUGCUGUUCGGCAGGAAGUGGCAGCGGUCCAUGGAAUACACCCUGCACCGUGAACGGAAGCGUGGCAAGAAACGCUUUUGUUGUCUCAAAUGGCACAGACAUGACGACUGCGUCCACGUA